UGACGUCAGUUUUGCGUCGAGUCCCAGUUGAAACUCAAAUCAAACUUUUGCUCAGAUUUGUUUCAACGAUGAAAACCAAUACGAAGCGCCCGUGAGCGGCUUUAGCAGACGUUGAAUUUCACAUGCCGCUGUCAGUUUACUUAAGCUAGCAGUGCCAUUCCUCCUGGAGCCGUUUCACACACUUUCUGGCCCGAGGGAGACCGUUGGGAGCCGGAGCGGACGUUGACGCGGUGUGAAUGUCCAGCGCGGACGACUGACUGACAGACGGACGUUCCACCAUGUCAGGUUUAACACUACAGUUAUGGUAUGUCCUUCAGAACGGUAACCUUCAGGGUCUGGAUGAGGGGGAUAUUCUGGACCCAGAGUUCCAGCUGCGUUUGGAGGAUGCCCGUACUACGCUCAGGCAGGAGAUCCAGCGGGAGCUGAAGAUCAAGGAGGCAGCUGAGAGGCUGCGGCGGGCCGUCACCAACCGCAAGAGUGCGGCCGACGUAGAGGGUCAGCUCAAGGCCUCGAACCGCAAGCUGGAGAAGUUGCACUGGCAACUGCAUGAGCUCAACGCCAGGUCUAUGGCCACAGAGAAAGACACCACCACAGCAGGUUGCUUGGAGGAAGAAGACAACCAGUCAGCAGAGUCGUGCCAGUGGGAAGAGGUCACGUCACCACUAGCCAGUCGAGUCAGAACCCUGAAGAAACAGCUUACCAUGGAGAUCAAAGUCAAACAGGGCGCUGAUAACAUGAUCCAGACUUAUACCAACAGCUCAGUCAAGGACAAGAAGAUGCUGUCUACAGCCCAGCAAAUGCUGCAGGACAGCCGCACUAAGAUUGAGCUGCUGCGUAUGCAGAUUAUCAAAGUCAGUCAAGCCAGAGACGUGGAUGGCUCUCAAGGUCUGCCUGUGGAGAUGAUCAGUCCUCUGGAGCUGCGGGUGGCUGAACUCAUGCACCACAUGAAGAUUGAAUCGGCCGUAGCAGAAGGCGCCAAAAACGUGGUGAGGCAACUGAGUGGGCGUAAGAUCCAGGACCGCCGCAUACUUGCAGAGGCCCAGGCACGAAUGCAAGAGUCAUCUCAGAAGGUGGAUUUGUUACGUCUAUCCCUGGAGAGACGUUUAAGUGAGCUGCCUCAGGACCAUCCCAAAUGUGCUGCCAUUAAGGAGGAACUCAUGUUGGGAACCUUGCCUUUCUAUGGCACGCCAAAGAAGCAAUCCAACGUUUCAUCCUCACCUUCUUCUUCAUCUUCUUCCUCCUUCUUUAAACCAGCCAGUCUAACAGGCCGGUUGGAGGUAUGUUUGAAGGGUUGCCAAGACCUGCUGGAGUCUGUUCCGGGCCGUGGUCGUGUGACCAGUGUCUCGGCCAACCCCGGAAGCUUUUCAGAUGGAAAGUCUCUGAAGGUGAGAGCCGGCCUAUCAGGACGCAGCGCCAAUGGCAAGACAACCAAGGCUGAUGAGCUGUCCUCGGAGGUAAGCGUGGUGCUGAAGGUGGACAACAGGAUUGAGGGGCGCACACAGUGGAGACAGCUGGGCACUGAGGCCUGGGGCCAGAGCUUCAGCAUCGAACUGGAACGGUCCAGGGAGCUGGAAAUUGCUGUGUACUGGAGAGACUGGCGAGCUUUAAGUGGGGUGAAGUUCCUGCGGCUGGAGGACUUCCUGGAUAACCUCCGACAUGGAAUGUGUCUCCAGCUGGAGCCUCAGGGCAUCCUUUUCAUCGAGGUGACAUUUAUGAAUCCUGUCAUUGAGCGGCGCUCCAAACUCCAGAGGCAGAGGAGAAUAUUCCCCAAAGAAAAAGGGAAGGACUUCCUGCGUGCUGCCCAGAUGAACAUGAACUUUGCCACUUGGGGACGUUUGAUGAUGAGCAUUCUGCCUCCCUGUAGCUCCCUGGAGCCCAUGAGCCCUCCAUUAGCGGGCCCUAACACUGGCUCCACAUCAUCCAGCACUUCUCCAGCACGAGAACCUGCUGUGGUCAAUCUAAAUUUUACUGAAGAACCACCUGGCAGAUCUCCACAUCGCACCAGAAAGAACACUAAAGACUCUCCAUUGUUUCCUGGUGAGAACAAAAGUCCCAAGCCCAGGCGACAACCCUCAAUUCACCCACCCUUACACACGGACGAAGGACUUCAGAUGGAAGACUUUAACUGCAUUUCAGUUUUAGGAAGAGGUCACUUUGGAAAGGUGCUGCUAGCAGAGUAUAAGAAGUCAGGCAAACUGUAUGCCAUCAAAGCACUGAAGAAAGGAGACAUUGUGACACGUGACGAAGUUGACAGCCUUGUUUGUGAAAAGAGGAUAUUUGAAGUGAUCAACGCCUCACGACAUCCGUUCCUGGUGAACCUGCACGGCUGCUUCCAGACCGCAGACCACGUAUGCUUUGUGAUGGCCUACUCCCCCGGAGGAGACCUCAUGACACACAUUCACAGCAGCAUCUUCACCGAGAAACAGACCCGGUUUUAUUCGUCGUGCGUUCUGCUCGGACUGGAGUUUCUCCACCAAAACAAAAUAGUUUACAGGGAUCUGAAGCUGGAUAACCUGCUUAUGGAUGCAGAUGGUUUUGUCAGGAUAGCAGACUUUGGCUUGUGCAAAGAAGGUAUGGGCCAUGGGGAUCGCACCUCCACAUUCUGUGGCACACCAGAGUUUCUGGCCCCAGAGGUGCUGACCGACAACAACUACACCCGCAGUGUGGACUGGUGGGGGCUGGGGGUCCUCAUCUAUGAGAUGCUGGUGGGAGAGUCUCCUUUUCCAGGUGAUGAUGAGGAAGAGGUGUUUGACAGCAUCGUCAAUGAUGACGUCCGCUACCCUCGCUUCCUUUCUCCUGAAUCUGUGUCCCUCAUUCAAAAGCUGCUGCAGAAAAAUCCUGAGAUGAGACUUGGGGGAGGAGAGGAAGACGCCUCUCAGAUCAAAAGACACAAAUUCUUUCAGAGCGUGGACUGGGAUGCUCUCCUGGCCAAAAAGGUAAAACCUCCUUUCUUGCCGGUCAUCAGGGCGCCAAAGGACGUCAGCAACUUUGACGAGGAGUUCACCCACCUCAAGCCAGUCCUCACCCUCCCACGAACAACCUGCAUCCUCACUGCCGAGCAGCAAGAAAUCUUUGUGGAUUUUGACUUCUCUUUCAUGAGUUGACCAAAAGGGAUUUAAGCCUUUGUCCUGCCACGUCGCUGUGACAGGCAGCUCCUGUUUAUACCGACUUUUAUUUGCCUUAACGCUCUUAUGAUUCAACAGAAGCUGAGAAACUAACAGUCCUGCCUUUUUUAUGUCCACACAGUUCCACGUUCCCAUCUCUGGCCUGCUUACUGCCACACACUACAAAAUCUUUUUAAUGUUUUGUCUCUGCCAAAUAGAUUUUGAAUCAUUAAGCAGUAAUGGGUUAACAUUUAACUGUUUACACUAUAUGAAAUAUGUCACCAGUGCAAUAAUGGGUUUUUGCUUGUGAAUUAUUUUUUUUACAAAUGGACAAUGUGCCAGUGGUGUUCCAAACAGCAGCACUGCCCUCUUAUUCAAAGUACUAAAUUAUAAAUAUGUGAUCUUAACGAAGAGAAUUGAAAGCUUUGAAUGUUUAUUAAAAUAACUUUUUGUCACAUUCGCUGAAACUUUCACUAUAUCCCGACAGUAGUACAUGAGACAGAUAAUCUGUGAAAAAAUCAGGUUUCUUUGGCUCCACCUAGUGCUGCUAAUGGCACUUACCAGUAUCCACCGGGCCAGAGCAAAAACCAGUCAGCAUCCUUCUAUCUUUCUCAGCUCUGAUUGGUUAUUUUAUUCAGGCCCCGUGGAUUCUUGAAAAUCUCAUUAGUAGCACUAGGAGGAGUCAGAGGACCCUGAUUUUUUUUCACAGAUUAUCUGUUUCAUGUACUACUGUCAGGAUAUAGCGAAAAUAUGACAAAAGGUAAUUUUUAUAAAAAUAAUGUAAUAUAAUGAAAAUAGCCAAAUUGUUAAUAUAAUUUUGAAUUUGGAUUCUUAAAAUAAUACCAUCAUGAAGAUGAUGCUUAUAUCGAACACACCAGCCUGUAUGUUAGGUAUAAAUUACAUGAAGGAAAAUAUUAUUGAAUAAAUGUAUAUCUGCUGGACUUGGA